AUGGUUAAGUGCUACAAUAAGGAGGUGGGUUUGAGUAAAUUGGUACAAAAAACAGGGAAAGCAAUCGUCGUCUUCAUCAGGUCAAUGAAGAAACAAACGAAUAGAAGGAAAAAUCAGGAAUCUCUGGUGAGGCUGAGAUAUCACGAGAAAGGGGAGGCGUCGACCUCCGACGACCCUCGUGGGUUAAAUCUCCGUCUGAUUGGGAGGGAGAAGUACAAACGAAAUCAGCAAAUGAUGUGGUCCGGUGGGCUUUUAAUAGAUCGCACAAAGGGAAUAACUGAUCCCCGAUGA